UUAGACAUUUUCUUAUUAUUACUGGUCGUAACCGAUAUAGAUUUGCAAAUGCAAAAGCAUUAAUUGGCUACAAUAUUAGAUCAGUACAUGAAAAUGAGUUUCCAUCCGUGGUAUGUUUGAAACAAAUAUCUAAUGAAGAGAAUAACUUUCAUUAUUUAGUUUGUACUGGAACGCUUAUUUCUACCAGCCACAUUUUAACUGCUGAGCACUGUUUGGAGGAUACAGGAACCGCAGGAUUGGAAAUAAUUCUGGGAUCCGAUGUAAGACUUGGUUCUAGAUACAAUAUUUGGUGGUGGAUAAAUUUUACACAAUGGACGUUAAUGCAGAAUGGUCUACUCAGCGUAGAAAAUGAUAUAGCUGUAUUGAAGGUAUUGGGAUUUAUAAACGAUGUUCCGAUAAAUCAGCUGUCGACCAUUCGCCCACACAGCAUAUUAUAUGGACGAAAUGCUGACGUAGUUGGCUGUGGAAGAGGGAAUAAUAGCUUUAUAAAUGUCAUUCAUCAGACAGCAUCUUUAACAAUUUUGCCACAUGAUGAGUGCAGCGAGAUAAUUACAAGACUCUUUGAUACUUAUGUAGAAGUUCCGGAAAAAUAUAUAUGCAGUGUUGGACAUCCAUAUACAUAUGUUAAUGAUGGUGAUAGUGGUGCGCCAUUUUUUUAUCACCAAACUCUAAUUGGCGUAACUAUAGGAGAUUGUCCAACGAUGAAUGAAUUUAAUCCUGACAAAGUCAAUAUUCAUGCUGGUGUUGCUUAUUACAAUUGUUUCAUUGACGACAUGUUAAAUAAUUAUUAAUUAUUUUGUGAGAUUUUAUAUUAGACUUUAUUACAAGAUUUUUAUUAUUAUUCUGCUUAUUGUUUUUACUAUUAUCUUUAACACGGGAAGAGCUAUGUAAUUGUGGCACAAGCAAAGUAACUUUGAUUGGAUUAGAAAUUAAAAUAUUGAAACAAGGAAAGUAAUGAGAGGCAUAAAAUCGAUCUAAAGAGAAUUAGAAAAAUAAUUAUAUGUAAAUACUAUAAUAUUGAAUACAAUUAAUU